CAUGCCGCUGUCCAAAGGAGCCGUGUUGAGCUCAUCGAAUACACAAUCUGUUGUUCGGUGUUUCCCCUCCAAGCUGAAGCAGAGACGGCGGAAGAAUUCUGCCCCGCCACCAAAAUCUCAAUCUCAGUCGGGUUUGUGUUAAUUAAGCAUGACCUCCGUUUCCAUAACACUGUCAGCUCUCUCAGUCUCACUCUCUACCACCGAACCACCUUCCCUUGGAAACCCUAGCAAUUCAACACCCUGCAGCCUAUCUACCUCAUUCCUCGGCAGAAAGCUCUCCGUUGGAGUUCCACAUUCAAACAAGUUGGCUUUAAAACAUCCAACAGCUGUCGCCACCGUUCUCUUCAGCCUCCCAACAGGGAAACCAGAGAGGAUUUCUUCUGGGAAAAGCUCACAAUGGUCGGCCAGAGCGAUUAAGUCGUUUGCUAUGGGUGAAUUGGAAGCAAGGAAGCUCAAGUAUCCCAAUACUGGCACGGAAGCCCUUCUAAUGGGAAUUUUAGUCGAGGGAACAAGUAUAGCUGCGAAGUUUCUCAGAGCUAAUGGAAUCACGCUUUUCAAGGUUCGAGAAGAAACUGUAAAGUUACUUGGAAAGUCAGACAUGUACUUUUUCAGCCCCGAGCAUCCUCCAUUGACCGAGCCAGCUCAGAGGGCCCUUGACUGGGCUGUGGAUCAAAAACUGAAGUCAGGAGACAGUGGGGAAAUAACAGUAACUCAUCUGCUUCUCGGGAUUUGGUCUGAAAAAGAGUCAGCAGGUCACAAGAUCUUGGUGUCCCUUGGUUUUGAUGAUGAGAAAGCAAAAGAGCUUUCUGUAUCUAUGGACAAGGAUUAUGUUCCUAGCUAUAAAUAAGGAUGCCAUAAUGCCUCUUCUCAAACAAUCUUCUAAUCGCACCUUCUGAAACAUUUGCUGAUACAACAUCCAAAUAAUGUUGCUUCUUGGUCCAACCUGUUGAGCUGCAAGUGGGUGGAGUUCUGGAUUGAAUAGCAAUGCUUUCUCUGACAUAAUUUGCAAUUCUUUGUAUGAGGAAGUUCAUGGAAUUCAAAAACUCCAUGAAGCAUUAACAGGGGCCUCAAUGAUACCUCAUUACCGCUGAGGUUGCUUGAAAAAAAAAGAAAGUAACUUUGUUUUUCUUACCGAUUUUCAUUGGCUUCUCACUCUCUUCUGCUGGUAUAUUAUCAACUGUACCUUCUUGCUGUACUUUUUUUGCUAAGGAAAUUCUCAUUCAAAAGAAGAAAAAAGAAAAGGAUUGAUCAUUAUAUUUAGAUUCAAUUAAGUUAUUCUUCUGGUUUUA